AUGAUGCUGCUGUGUCAGAGGGCUGAGCUAGUCAUGGCAGAUUAUCCUUAUUCUCGUCGCGGGAUCAAGGGUACGAAAGGUAAAUUCUCGGACAGUUUAAAGUUCCCCAGAUCUGGGUCAAGGCCUGAUAGCUCGCAAUCCAUGUUAGAGGGGAGGGAAAAGAUCCCGCUCAUGUUCCGUUUGAUAAGAUUUUUUUGUGAAAAUAUUCUGAUACAAGCUGGGAAGAAGCAGGGUAUAUUUAUUCAGUCAGCCACUGCCAUAAACCCCGCCCACACUUGGGCUCGGAAACCACCGAACGAGCGGCCUGAGCUCGGGGCCUAUCCACGGGAAGGGAAAGAACCGCAUAUCAAUAAUAAUCAGGGCUUCAACAGCUGUCUCGGUCUGCCCCUCUUUUUCUCCUCAAUUCGAAACGCCACGAAACGAGCCGAGUCUAUGGGAAGCUCGUUUUAUAACAGAUAG